ACAUGCUUAUUAUUUGGCCGAUGUGCCGUCCAAAGAGGAAAACAAAAGUCAUAAUUGUAUGACAUGAAUACCUGAGCUGACUCGUUAACAAUAAUUUGGACAAUAUGGUCUGCCGGCGAUGCUUAGUGACUAAACAAUAUCUUGCUUCCCAGUUUUCCUUUUCCUUUCUAUCUCUUCUUGUCAAGAAAAUUUCAUUCAGAGAAAAGGUAAACAAAAGAUGCAAGUUAUAGUUGAAUAGGGUAGCUUCAUAGUACAUGUUGAGAUGAAGAAGCAGUACUAUUUUCUGUCGGCGGAGCCACCGAUAUUGGUGGCUCAUUCACCAUCACCACCUCAAGAAACCGUUUUAGUUCUUUCGAAGCAUAAACAUAUAUUAGGAGCUCUAAUCAUUGUCACUGUAGUACUCUCCGUGGCUACCUCUUUAUGUUUAUUUUUCAGGAGAAAGCUCUUUCCUUAUUUUUUCCAACGAUGGAAGCAUAAAGGAAAUUUGAAAAAUGAAGAAUUAUCAUUGAGGAGAUUUGGGUUGGAGGAAUUAGAGAAGGCUACCAAGAAUUUCAGUGAAGAAUGCCUGCUAGGAUCUGGUGCAUUUGGCAAUGUAUAUAAAGGGACUUUUGAUGUUGAAGGUAUUCUAGCAAUCAAGAGGGCUCAUAAUGAUUCAUGCCAAAGUGUUGAAGAAUUUAGAAAUGAAGUAAGGCUACUUUCCAAAGUUAAGCACAAAAACCUUGUAGGUUUGGUGGGAUUUUGUGAAGAAACUGGAGGCAGAAAGGCCAAAGUACUGGUCUAUGAGUAUGUUCCGAAUGGUUCUCUGCUCGAGUACAUUACAAGAAACAGAGGGAGGAGCUUAACUUGGAGGCAAAGAGUUAAUAUAGCCAUUGGAGCCGCUAAAGGAAUAGCUCAUUUGCAUAAUGGAGUGACGCCUAGCAUCAUCCAUCGUGAUAUAAAACCGAGCAACAUACUAGUAGGAAGUAAUUUUGAAGCCAAAGUUUCAGACUUUGGACUGGUGAAGCUGGGGCCUAUUGGAGACCAAUCUCAUGUUAGCAGCCAGAUCAAAGGAACACCAGGUUACCUUGAUCCUGCUUAUUGUUCUAGCUUUCAUUUGAGUCCCUUCAGCGAUGUGUAUAGCUUCGGAGUUAUACUCCUGCAACUUGUUUCUGCUCGGCCUGCAGUUGAUUCAAGCAGGAAUCAAUCCAACUAUCAUAUAAUUGAAUGGGCAAGGCCUAGCUUAGAUAGGGGAAACGUUGCAGAAAUAUUAGAUGCCAAUCUUCUGACAGAAACUUGCAACAUGGAAAUAAUGCUAAAGAUGGGGAAACUUGGUCUAAGAUGCGUAGUGCAGAAUCCCAAAAACCGUCCCACAAUGACUCAGGUGUGGCAAGAAAUAGAAGAGGCUUUAUAUUUAGCUGAUAAUUUCAUUUACAAAGAACCUUCAAGGCGUUCUCGAUCAUCGUCUGGUUAUCAACAGAACAAUCAUGGACGGCAAAGACUAAUAGACUGGGAGUCUUCUCAAAGCUUUGUCAGCAUUGAUGGUGUAGGUUUUCAACGAUUUCGUAUAGAGAUGGAUAGCCCCUCUUUUGAAAGUGUAAGCUUGAGGUGUUUUGAGGCUAGUACUGUUAGCAUUGAUAUUGAUAAUAACAAUUUGAAAUAAAGUAGUGAAGAAGCAGGCAGAGAGGAAGAUAUCAGUUGAACAUAUAUGAGUAUUCAUCCCUGUA